AUGAUCCAGCUGGAAUUAUUCGAACGAAGUCUGGACGCCAUGGAUUACAUGAGCCAACUGAAUCAGAUGCACCAGUUGCUGCAGCAACAAAGGGCAUCUCCCCUAGUGCCUCCUCAACCUCUUCUGUCCCCGCUGCCGCAAAUUCCGUCACCCACCGGAAACAAUGGCGGCCCGUUGAGAGCCCCGCAGUCGUCGCGCCGACCGUCGGCGGCAGCUGCGAAACCUUUCACGUGCAACGAAUGCGGUCGUGGAUUCAAGUAUCUACACACUCUUCGUUUUCAUGUGAAAACGUCGCACGAUUCCGACGGAGGAGGCGCCGAGCCUAGUCCAACAUUGUCCCAUAGACUAUCUCGUAUGCGCAGAGAACCGGCUGGAGGAAGCACGAGUCCACCCUCGCCCACGAUGUCUCCAGUGUUCCCGUCUUCCAAAAGAGAUCAGCUACAGAUGAUGGGUCAAGCGAUGCCUCUGCUUAAGAAAUCUCUCGACGGUGGCAAUUCGGACGAUCAGCCAUUGUCUCUCACGAAGAGGACCUCGCCAGGCGUGGGGACCAUACCAUCACCACCCAUGCUGCUAUCAACGAACCCUACACCCUCGCCGUCGUCGAUGCCAUCCCCGAUGCCUUCACCAAUGUCCUCUCCGGUAGUGAGUACCUCGGGAGGACAUCCUUGCCAAGGCUCUGGUCAGCAAGGUCAUGGCUCGAAUCCGCCUACGGCCCCUUCAACGCCAACUCCACAGGAGUCGUUUCAUGCGCCCUCGAUUCUCCAACUCAUGAAGAGCAUGCAUGUGGAAAGUCAGACAAAUCUUGCCAUACAGAUCAAAGGUGUGUUGCCGGACGGGAGCAACAUGAAGCAAUUCGUACUGUUUCGCUGUGGGAUUUGCAACCGUACGAAAGCUUCUCUGGAGAGACUCCUCGGUCAUCUGAUAUGGUUCCAUUUUGCCGAUAACCGUAAAAAGCACUGCAACAAAUGCGGAGCGCUCUUCCGACUCAAAGAUCAGCUCGACAACCACAUGAAAUUGCAUCAACUCGCUAAAGAAAAUGCAAAUAAUCACGAUGGACAGAAGCAUCAUAGGGAGACUCGCACGGAGUUGACGGAGGAUUUCGAGGAUCGUCGAUCAUCCAUCAAACGUGAACCCGAAGAUUCAAAUCUCCACGCGAACUCGAACAACAACCAGAUUUUACCGCAGAAUAUGGGCACCACGCCUACACAUCAUGCGCCUGCGGAGGAGCUUAAGAAAAAGGUUUCGUCAGCGACGGACGGUAGUUUGCCGUUCCACUGCAAUUUUUGCGACAAGUCGUUCGAUAGGCUGUUUUCGCUACAACGCCAUGAGAGGAUCCAUACAGGAGUGAAACCGUGUUAUUGCAAAGUGUGCGGAAGAGGCUUUAGUGAAAGACGCAACCUGCGACACCACAUGAUUCGCUUCCACGCCGACGACGAGAUCAAGGAGCAGUUCAAAGACGAACUGCGUGGUUUCGACGUGCGAAAGCUGGGAGCUCUGCAAGCCGAGGACGAUUUAGAAAUGGAAGAGGAAGCCGACGCAGAUCGAGAUUCCCUCGAUCGGGAGGCUUCGGUCGACAGACUGGACCGCGGUUUCACGUCGAGUCCCGAACAGCCCCCUUCGACAGCAGGGAGCGAUGAUCUGAAGUCGGCCGUUUCUCUCCGAUCCGAAGUUCCACCGGGAGCAAUGGAACUCGUUCAGAGAUUGUCCCAGAGCCCUCCAAGCCCUUCCGCCCAAGCGGCUUUCGCAAAGGCAAGUUCCUUCUUGGCGCUGAUGGCGCAGCAGAAUCAACUACAAAACGUUCAACAGAUUCAAAACAGUUUAGCCGCUUUCGCUCCUCCAUCGUCGAAGCGACGAAAAGGUAUUCCAACCAAAUACACUGACGGCCCAGGGGGUCUGGACGAAACUGGAGCGCUUCAUGGUCUUCCGCCGCCGACCGAGGGUUUGUUCGACCUGUCGGCGCAGGGUCAGGCCCAGACAUUGAACAACAAUUCCGCAACUCCAGAGGAGACGAAACUGCCAUCAAUGCCGACCGACCUCAGCGUCGGUAGCGAGCACUAG